AUGAGUGAAGAGAAAAAUUUUGCAAAAAAAUCUGAAAAUUCAGAAAAAAAUUUAGAAAAACAAAAAAUCAGUGACUUUAGUAUUGAUCACAUUUUGAAUCGUGCGGGAAAAAGUGACAAUUUUCUCGAAAAAUUAGAGCAAAAAAGUCAAAAUUUCGAACAAACGCCGGUUUUUGAUUGGCUUUAUUACACGCGUUACCAUCCGCCGCGCCUUCCACGAGCAAAUCCCUUGAAACAACCCGUGAAACGCACCCCAGGACGUCUUCCGCGAGUGCCUUUUACGCCGGAACAGCUAAAAGCCCUCGAAAAUGCCUACAAGAAAUCCAUGUACUUGAGCUCGGAAGAGGCAAAUGUGCUUGCGGAUCAGUUGGAAUUGUCGAGUAUUCGGGUGAAAAUUUGGUUUCAAAAUCGACGAGCGCGGGAUCGACGAGAAAAUCGGCAAGACAUGCAUUUUCCCGAACCACAAAAUUUCGCGCUGGAUCGCAGUUGGAGUGAUGAGGAACGAAUUUUUAGAUUUUCCUAA